AUGGUCCACGACGAUUUACGAGUGGAAUGGAUCCGACAGCGCGUUUGCGCCGCUUUCAAUUUAGAGUUGAACUAUUUUGAUGAACUGCUCAGUCGGGGAGAUGGAGAAGAAGAAGAGAAAGUUAUCCGUUAUUUGAACGUGGUCUCCGAGAAAGACUCGCCAUCGUGUCUCUUGUUUUUCAAAAGUACCAGAGAGGAGGAAGUGGAAGUUGAAAUUCCUGUUGGAAGGAGAGAAGAUGGAGACUCUUCUGACCAUGAAAAGAACUCAUCGACCCAAAGUGGAGCAGAGAUAACCUCAGGCUCAGACGAGACCAAUGAACAAACUCCCAGCCAUAAAGUUGAGGUUCAAGUGGUCUAUCACGUUGAGCUUCAUUUAGCAGUAAACAAUAUCCCAGAGAGAUUUACAAAAUCCCGGAUGUUCUAUUUGAUCAGGAACACAAAGGAAACCAUUGUUGAACCACUUGACAUGAAUGAGGCCAAUAGCCUGAUGCCCAGGCUCAUGGAGAUUGGCCUGCAGAGUGGACACCCCCUUCUUAUGCUGCAGAGAAGACUUGGCCAUAUAUAUAUACCAGCACUUACUGCCUGCCAGAUGAGGAUAACUGGUGGAGGUUAUCAAAGCAAAGCAGUUUCUACUCAGGAGGAGACCAGUGGAGAGAGUGAUAAGGAAAGUCCAGUGAAGUCAAGUGGGCAAUUUACAAUUCGUGAUGAGUUGCUUAACAGCACACACAAGUUUUUGGGGCUGAUCAACAGAACUCUCCAACAACUUCAGAUUCAAGAUGAAAUGACGUUGCACAUCCCUGAGCUAGACCUGGAGCCAGAGGUGGAUGUACUGCUUUCUAAUCCAGAGAUGGUAGAGAAAUUGGAGCAGUGUGUGAUGAAUUGGCAGACCAAGAUUACCAUAGUUAUUGAGGAGCAGCUAAACAAGAAGCCACAGACACCUGGACCUAUGGCUGAGAUAGCUUUUUGGCAGGAGCGUACAUCUGUCCUGAGUUCUCUGAGUGAGCAGCUUAAACAGCCUGUGGUAAAGAAGAUCUUGGAGGUGAUGACCAAAGCAGAUGCAGGCAUUGUUCAGACCCUGGAUGCAACAGUUGCUGAACUUACUAAGUACCGUGUGGAAUCGGAUGAUAAUUUACGCUUCCUCAGCACCCUGGAAAGGCACUUCAAUAAUCUGGCUUCAGGAGCAAAUUUUGAUGUGUACCUGGAGACGAUCCCUCCUCUGAUGAACAGCCUGCAAAUUGUGUGGAUAAUCUCUUGCCACUAUAACACGAAUGAGCGUAUGGUCCCCCUAAUGGAGCGUAUUGCCUGGCAGCUCUGUGAACGUGUUGCUCAAGUGAUAGACAUUCACAUGUUGUUCAAAGAUAAUAGGGAGGUGGCCAAAUCCAAGGUGCAUGAUGCUAAGCAGGUUCUGGACCAGUGGAAGACAUCUUACUUUGAGGUCCGGGCUGAAAUUGAAGAAUUGGGCAGGGGUCCACGCUGGGAAUUUGACCGUAAGAGGCUGUUUGAGAGGACUGAUUACAUGGCUUCUGUCUGCCAGGACUUGUAUAAUGUUUUACAGGUUUUGGAGGAGUUUUAUAACAUCUUUGGCCCAGAGCUAAAAGGUGUGACUGGUGACCCAAAAGGUAUUGAUGAAGUGCUGUGCAGAGUGGACAGCCUGGUCCUGCCUUUUGAGGAGGUCAGAUUUGACCCUUUCAAUAUCUGUAAGAUGAGCAGCUGGAAAAUGAUUAUGCAAGACUUCAACACUACAGUUCAGGCUAUUGACGGAGAGGCCAUCAACUUCAUUGACCAGUCCUUCAAGACACUGCGCUCUUCAGCUGCUGCCUUUGACAUGCUUCAGAAAUUCAAACACAUCCGCUCCAGAGAGGCCAUCAACAGUCAUUUGAUGAGAAAGUUUAAUGACAUCCUUGCUCAGUAUUGCAAAGAGGUGGACAGCAUGAAUGAAAUCUUUGAGGCAGAGAAAGACAAACCACCGCUUGAUAAGAAUGAGCCUCCUGUGGCAGGAGCCAUCAGAUGGGUACGAUCCCUUUUUCACCGCAUCAAACACGCCAUCCUUCCCUUCCUCAAAAUACCAGAGAUGCUGGAGAGUGAACAGGGCAAAGCGGCCAAGCACAAGUACACGGAAAUGGCAGUGAAGAUCAGGGAGUAUGAGCUAAAGAAGUAUGAGUUUUGGCUGGCUCGGACAGAAUGCAACUUGCCGUUGCUAUUGAAAAAAAACCUGCUCAUCACUGUUAUCCCAACGAUUGAAAACAGCACACUGAGGGUUAUGCGAUAUAUUGUAAACUUUGCUCCAGAGAUCAAGGAAAUCGUUUCUGAGACAAACAACCUUGUGUCAAUGGGUUACACUGUGCCUGAGCUGGCUCAAAAUGUUGCUCUUCAAGAACACAAAUUUAUCAGAUAUGUUGGUGAUCUAAACAACCUUGUCAACCUCUACCACUCUGUAAUGGACAGCCUGAGUGAAGCAAAGAUCAUUAUGCUGGCUCAACAGAUCAAACCUGUUAAAAAAGAGAUGCAUUUUGGAUGCAGAAGACUCAACUGGAAUUCCUUGGGUAUCACUGACUUCAUUACCCGAGGCAAUCAGGCUGUCUCCAAAUUUGAGUCAGUUGUCAGCCAGAUUCUGAAGAAUGAGAGUGAUAUUGAUUCCAAGUUGCAGUCCAUCGGCAUGGCCAACCUACUGAAAUUUCAAGCUCUAGAUAAGUCUAAGGACUUGCCAGGUGUCAAGGAGUUCUGUGAACGUAUUGAGCGAGAGCGGGCCAAGGCUGUGAACGUAUUGAGCAGGAAGUAUGCUGACAUUGGACCCGUCAUCACAAAGACAGAGAAUUUGAUCAUGGAAACGAGCAGUGGCAGAGCCAGCUGUAUGGCUGAUUAUUAUCUGUACUGGGAACGCAAGGUGCUAGACUCCCUGACAAAGAUGGUGCUGAGGAGCAUUCAGACCUUCAAUAUGGCACUUAUGGGGAACGCACCUUUUUUCCAAGUUGAUGCCAUCCUAUCUGCACCUAAAAUUGUGUUGCAGCCUCAGAGCAAUGAGAUUUACUGGCUGAUCAUGCAGUGUAUCAGAGACUGUGUAGAGAGCACCAAGCAAUUUGUGCGUUGGAUGCGUGGGACCUGCAUUGAAUGCCCUCCACAGCAUGUGGGUGGUGAGGAAGAGUUGGUGAUAUUUAGCUUCUUCAGCGACGUGUACCAACAUCCUCAUAUAAAUGAGAGCGCCAUGACAGUGUCCCAGAACAUCCAGCGGCUGCUCCUCUCUGUGGAUCGGUACCUGAACCACUGGAAAUACUAUCGGCCUCUUUGGGAAAGGAACAAAAACAUUGUCAAUGAAAAGUUUGCUGCAGGAAAACCAUCCUGUGUCCUGUAUGAUGACAAGCUGCAGUUCCUUGCUUGUAUAAAUCAAAAGGUAGCAUUGGAGCCUCUGUUUAAGAAUGAACACAUCAUCCAUUUAAACCUGGAGCCUCUGGCUCACACGGUGCGCGAGACUGCUGAUUCCUGGAUCAGUUCGCUUGGUAGCCUGCUCAACAAGUCUGCCAAAGAAGAUCUCUUCAACUUGAGAGAUGAAAUCAUGGAACUCUCUACGAAGCUUAAACAGAACCCUGACACUUUUGAAGACCUGAAGAGUGUGCUUGGAACCAUCUCAGACAUCAAGGACAUGUCUCUAGAUGUGGAGAUGAGCUUCACUGAUAUCAAAGAAAGAUACAGAACCCUGGCCAUGUACAACGUGCAGGUAAAGGAGGAUGAACUGGAGCUGGCGUCAAAUAUUGACCAGAUGUGGGGUCACCUGUUUACAGAAUCCAGACAGGUAGAUCGAAGUCUGACAGAUGUCAAGAAGUCAUUUACUAAGACUACAAAGCAGAACACUGAAGAGUUUAAACACGAGUUGUCCAUCUUUGUUGAAAGCUUUAACAUGCAUGGUCCUGGAGCUGUGGGAGAUGAUUUGGAGAAAGGACUGACCAUUAUGGGAAAGUAUGAGGCUGAACUUUCCAAAAUAGUGGCAGGGCGACAGGACCUAGCUAAUGCUGAGAAGCUGUUGGACCUAACAGUCACUGUGUACCCAGACAUUAUCAGCAUGCAGAAAGAUAUGAAUGGUUUGAGACAGAUCUAUGAUGUUUAUAAAGCUCAGAAGGCUGCAAAAACAGAGUGGUCUCAGACCCUGUGGGUGGACUUAAAUAUCCAGGUGUUACAGGAUGGUGUUGAGGGUUUUAUCAAAAGUUUGAGGCAGCUGCCCAAAGACGUGCGGGCGCUGCCUGUGGCCUUCUUCCUAGAUGGACGAAUGAAGGAGUUCAGAGAGUCUCUGCCUCUUCUGCUGGACCUGAAGAAUGAGGCCCUCAGAGCCAGACACUGGAUGGAACUGAUGGAAAGGACUGGCACAAACUUUGAGAUGAACCCUGACACCUUCACUCUGGAUAACAUGUUUGCUAUGGAACUGCACAAAUAUGCAAACGUCAUUGGUGACAUUGUCACUUCAGCUGUAAAGGAGCUUAGUAUUGAGAAGGGAGUGAGGGAGGUGGUGGAGACCUGGGAAAAGAUGAAGUUCAUAGUGCAGCCCUAUUUUAAAGGCACCCAGCAGCGCUCUUCUAUCUUGGGUGCAGUGGACGAGAUCCUGCUGAUUGUGGACAAUGAUGCCAUGAACUUACAGAGCAUGGCGGGGAGCCGUUUUGUUGGACCCUUCCUGGGCACCAUACAACAAUGGGAGAAAGACCUGUCCCUUAUCAGUGAGACCAUAGAGGUAUGGUUGCAGGUACAACGAAAAUGGAUGUACCUGGAGAGCAUAUUCAUUGGUGGAGACAUUUCCUCACAGUUACCAGAAGAAGCCAAGAAAUUUGAUAACAUUGACAAGAAGUUUAAAGAGAUAAUGAGUGACGCAGUGAAGGGCCCAAACAUUAAGCGCUGUUGCCUAGUUCCCAACCGGCUAACAGACCUGCAGGCCCUGAGUGAUGGUCUGGAGAGGUGCCAGAAGAGUCUCAAUGACUACUUGGAUUCAAAGCGUAAUGCUUUUCCUCGAUUCUUCUUCAUUUCUGAUGAUGAACUGCUCAGCAUACUGGGGAGUAGUGACCCUACCUGUGUCCAGGAGCAUAUGAUUAAGAUGUAUGACAACAUAGCUUCUCUGCGAUUUGAUGUGGAAAGCAGUGGCGAAACAGUAGCUGGAGCCAUGGUGUCUGCAGAGGGUGAGGUGAUGGAGCUGAAAAAGCCUAUCCAAGUGGAAGGCAGGGUGGAGGAAUGGAUGACAGGAAUACUGCUGGAGAUGAGGAGGACCAAUAGACUCAUCACUAAGGAAGCAAUCUUCACCUACUGUGAAGACAGAAACAGGGUGGAUUGGAUGUUGCUGUACCAGGGCAUGGUGGUGCUAGCUGCAAAUCAAAUCUGGUGGACCUGGGAGGUAGAAGAUGUCUUUAAAAAUGUAGAAAAAGGAGAGAAGCACGCUCUGAAGCACUAUGCAAAGAAAAUGCACCAGCAGAUUGAUGAGCUGGUAACACGCAUUAUGCAACCUAUGAAGAAAAACGACAGACGAAAGAUCAACACUGUCCUUAUCAUCGACGUCCAUGCAAGGGACAUUGUAGAUAGCUUUGUGCUGAACAGUAUAAUGGACGUACGUGAGUUUGAGUGGGAAAGCCAACUGAGAUUCUACUGGGUCCGAGAACAUGACGAUCUAUUUGUGCGUCAAUGCAGUGCCUCUUUCUCUUAUGGCUAUGAAUACAUGGGGUUGAACGGUCGAUUGGUCAUAACCCCACUGACAGACCGGAUCUACCUCACCCUCACGCAGGCCCUCUCUAUGUACCUGGGUGGAGCCCCUGCUGGACCAGCUGGUACAGGAAAGACAGAGUCCACCAAAGAUCUGGCCAAGGCUUUAGGUCUGCUCUGUGUGGUUACAAACUGCGGAGAGGGCAUGGACUACCUGGCUGUGGGGAAGAUCCUCUCUGGCCUUGCCCAAUGCGGAGCCUGGGGCUGCUUUGAUGAAUUCAAUCGCAUUGAUGCCUCAGUGCUGUCAGUCAUCUCCUCCCAAAUCCAAACCAUCCGCAAUGCUCUCAUUCUCCAUCUUAAAAUGUUUCAUUUUGAAGGCCAGGAGAUCAGCCUGGACAACCGCAUGGGAAUUUUCAUCACCAUGAAUCCAGGUUAUGCAGGGCGCACAGAGCUGCCUGAAUCAGUCAAAGCCCUCUUUAGGCCUGUGGUGGUCAUUGUGCCGGAUUUGCAGCAGAUCUGUGAGAUCAUGCUCUUCUCUGAGGGCUUUUUAAUGGCCAAGGUGCUUGCAAAGAAGAUGACAGUACUGUAUAAGUUGGCGCGCGAGCAGCUAUCCAAGCAGUCCCAUUAUGACUUUGGUCUGCGAGCCCUGAAAUCUGUCCUAGUGAUGGCAGGAGAGCUGAAGAGAGGCUCACCAGACCUCAAUGAGGAUGUGGUAUUGAUGCGUGCCCUCAGGGACAUGAACCUCCCAAAGUUUGUGUUUGAGGACGUGCCUCUGUUCCUCGGGCUGAUCUCAGAUCUUUUCCCAGGACUGGACUGUCCUCGUGUUCGGUAUCCUAACUUCAAUGAUGCUGUGGAACAGACCCUGCAACAGAACAAAUAUAUCCUACUGUCUAACCAGGUGGAUAAAGUAGUACAGAUGUAUGAGACGAUGAUGACCAGACACACUACUAUGGUGGUGGGCCCAACAGGUGGAGGGAAAUCAGUUGUGAUCAACACAUUAUGUCAAGCUCAGACCAAAUUGGGAUUGCAUACCAAGAUGUAUCCCCUGAACCCCAAAGCCAUGAGUGUCAUUGAACUCUAUGGUAUUCUGGACCCUGAGACUCGAGACUGGACAGAUGGGAUUUUAUCCAACAUCUUCCGUGAUAUCAACAAGCCUACUGACAAAAAAGAGCGGAGGUAUAUCCUGUUCGAUGGGGAUGUGGAUGCUCUGUGGGUUGAGAAUAUGAACUCAGUGAUGGAUGACAACAAGAUUCUCACUCUGGCCAAUGGAGAACGGAUCCGUUUACAGAAUCACUGUGCCUUGCUGUUUGAGGUUGGAGAUCUUCAAUACGCUUCCCCUGCUACUGUCUCCCGCUGUGGGAUGGUCUUUGUUGACCCCAAAAACCUGCGAUACACCCCAUACUGGCAGAGAUGGUUGACUAACAGACCUGAACAAGAAGUGCUGAACAAACUAUUUGAGAAAUAUGUGCACAGCUCUAUUGACAUGAUCGUGGAUGGUAUUGUUGAUGGCAAACAGUGCCAGAAAUUGAAGACUGUUGUACCUCAGACAGAUCUCAAUAUGGUGACUCAGCUGUGCCUGAUGCUGGAUGCCCUGCUAGACACUGAGGGCUACAGUGCUGAAGUCCUGGAAUGUUAUUUCCUGGAAGCUCUGUACUGCUCACUAGGGGCCACAUUGCUGGACAGUGGCAAGAUUAAGUUUGAUGAGCUCAUUAAAAAGCUCUCCUGCUUAACCACAGUGCAUGAUGAAAAAGCUUUGGUUGGACCUGGUGAGAUCCCAGGAUACCUGCCAACUCUCUAUGAUUUCCAUUUUGAUGGAACACAGGCAAAGUGGGUUCCCUGGAGUACCCUCGUCACCAAAUACAUUCACAACCCUGAAAUGAAGUUUGCUGAUAUUCUAGUCCCAACUGUGGACACUACUAGAGCCAGCUGGAUCGUGGAGCAGAUGGUGAUGAUAAAGAGGUCUGUGCUUUUGGUUGGAGAGUCUGGAACCUCCAAGACUGCCACCAUACUUAACUUCCUGAAGACUCUCAAUGCAGAUACAUGGAUUACUUUGAUCAUCAACUUCUCAUCCAGGACAACUUCAAUGGACCUCCAGAGGAACCUGGAGGCCAAUGUGGAGAAGAGGACCAAAGAGACCUACGGGCCCACUGUGGGGAAGAGGCUGCUGGUCUUCAUGGAUGACAUGAACAUGCCAAAGGUGGAUAGUUAUGGCACACAGCAGCCUAUUGCACUUCUGAAGCUGUUGUUGGACAGAGGAGGCAUAUAUGACAGAGGGAAAGAGCUUAACUGCAAAAUCCUUAAGGACCUUGGCUUCAUUGCUGCCAUGGGGAAGGCAGGAGGUGGGAGGAAUGAGGUGGAUCCACGCUUCGUAUCUCUCUUCAGUGUCUUCAGCAUCCCUUUCCCUGCGGUGGAGUCUCUGCACCUUAUCUAUGCCUCCAUUAUCAAAGGCCACACCACACCAUUUGAGGACUCCAUACGGAAGGUUUGUGAUAAAGUCACCAUCUGCACACUGGAACUGUACAACAGUAUCAUCAAAGAUCUGCCUCCAACACCCUCUAAGUUCCACUAUAUCUUUAACCUGAGAGACUUAUCCAGAGUCUACAAUGGACUGAUCCUCACCCAGCCUGACAGGUUUUUGACUGUCACCCAAUUUGUGCGGGUCUGGAGAAAUGAGUGUCUGAGAAUAUUCCAUGAUAGACUCAUCGAUGAAACUGACAAAGCCUUGGUUCAAGGCCAUAUAAAGAACCUGAUUGAUGAACAUUUCAAGUCAGACAUGGAGGCCGUCAUGAGGGACCCGAUUCUUUUCGGAGACUACAGGACAGCCCUCAGCGAUACUGAACCAAGGGUCUAUGAGGACAUACAGGACUAUGAUGCUUCAAAAGCACUGUUUCAGGAAAUUCUAGAGGAGUACAAUGAGAACAAGUCGAGGAUGAACCUAGUACUCUUUGAUGACGCACUAGAACAUCUGACCCGGGUGCACCGCAUCGUCCGUAUUGAUCGUGGCCACGCGCUGCUUGUGGGUGUGGGCGGCUCUGGGAAGCAGUCCCUCACCAAGCUUGCUGCCUUCACUGCUGGCUGUGAGGUUUUUGAGAUAACACUAAGCAGAGGAUACAACGAGUCAAACCUGCGUGAGGAUCUGAAAACGCUCUACUUGAAGCUCGGCAUUGAAAAUAAGAAGACUGUGUUUCUCUUUACUGAUGCCCAUGUUGUUGAGGAAGGCUUCUUGGAACUCAUCAACAACAUGCUUACGUCAGGCAUCGUUCCUGCAUUGUUCCCUGAUGAUGAGAAGGAGAUGGUUCUCAACCAGCUUCGUGAUGAGGCUCUCACUAUGGGAGCAGGUCCUUCUAAAGAGAGUAUCUGGAAGUUCUUUGUCAACAAAAGUGCCAACAAUCUACACAUUGUUUUAGGCAUGUCCCCAGUGGGAGAUACCCUGAGGACACGCUGCAGAAACUUUCCAGGACUAAUGAACGACACUGUUAUCGACUGGUUCCUGCCGUGGCCACCACAGGCGUUACUCGCAGUCGCUCAGUCUUUCCUUGGUGAAAGUCCGAUGAUUCCUGAGGAACACGCUCCAGCCGUGGUAGCCUAUGUCUGCAUGGUCCAUACCUCUGUGGGAGACUACAGCAAGCUGUUCCUGCAGAAACUCAGGCGUUGUAACUUUGUUACUCCAAAGAACUACUUGGACUUCAUUAACACCUAUUCCAACCUCUUGGAGGAAAAUGACCAAUUCAUCCUGGCCCAGUGCAAGCGUCUAGAGGGGGGUUUGGAUAAGCUGAAGGAGGCCAGUGAGCAGCUGGCUGAGCUGAAUGUCAAACUGGCAGAGCAGAAGGUGGUCCUGGCAGAAAAGUCCAUAGCCUGUGAGGCCCUGCUGGAUGAGAUCUCUACAAACACCACUGUGGCCGAGGAGAAAAAGACUCUGGCAGAAGACAAAGCCAAAGAGAUUGAAGAACAGAACAAAGUGAUAGCCGUUGAGAAAAAAGAAGCUGAGAGCUCCCUGGCCGAGGCUCUGCCAGCGCUAGCGGCAGCUCGCAGUGCCCUGCAAGACCUGGAUAAAUCUGAUGUCACAGAGAUCCGAUCCUUUGCCAAGCCACCCAAGCAGGUGCAGGUGGUUUGUGAGUGCAUCCUGGUCAUGCGUGGCCACAAGGAGAUCAGCUGGCAGUCAGCAAAGGGGAUGAUGUCAGAUCCUAACUUCCUGCGCUCACUGAUGGAGAUGGAUUGUGAUUCCAUAAAUAACAACCAAGUCAGGACUGUCAAAGGCUUCCUAAAGAACCUACAGACAACCUUUGAGGAGAUGCAAGCCAUCAGUAAAGCUGGCUCAGGAAUGCUCAAGUUUGUGGAGGCUAUCAUGGGUUACUGUGAGGUUUCCAGGGAGAUAAAACCCAAGAGGGAAAAGGUGGCACGCCUAGAGAAGAACUUCUUUCAGAGUAAGCGGGUGUUCGAGCGCAUUCAGAGUGAGCUUAGCAGUAUCCAGAAAGAGUUGCAUGCUCUCGGAGAGAAGUACGAAGCUGCUAUUUUGGAGAAGCAGCUGCUACAGGAGGAGGCUGAGCUCAUGGAGAGGAGGCUGAUAGCUGCUGACAAACUCAUCUCUGGCCUGAGCUCUGAGAAUGAGCGAUGGAUGCAAGAUUUGGAGGAGUUGAAACAGCGACGCGUGCGUCUCCUGGGUGACUGUCUAAUUUCUGCUGCCUUCCUGAGCUAUGUAGGGGCCUUCAGCUGGAACUUCAGGAAUGAAAUGGUGGACCAAGUUUGGAUUAAGGAUGUGCAGGAGAGGGGCAUUCCCUUGAGCCAGCCUUUCAAAGUGGAGAGCCUGCUAACAGAUGAGGUGGAAAUCAGCAGAUGGGGCUCAGAAGGCUUACCUCCAGAUGAGCUGUCAGUGCAGAAUGGAAUCCUCACAACCAGAGGCAGCCGUUUUCCCAUGUGUAUUGACCCUCAACAGCAAGCCCUCAACUGGAUUAAGAAGAAGGAGGAAAACAAUAACCUCAAGGUCUCAUCUUUCAAUGAUCCCGACUUCCUUAAGCAGCUAGAAAUGGCCAUCAAAUAUGGCUUUCCAUUCCUUUUCCAAGACGUGGAUGAGUACAUUGACCCUGUGAUCGACAAUGUCCUGGAGAAGAAUGUGAAAGGAGCAGAGGGCAGGCAGGUCAUCAUGCUGGGUGACAAGGAGGUGGACUAUGAUCCCAACUUUAAACUUUACCUCAACACCAAAUUGUCAAACCCCAAAUAUUCCCCAUCUGUGUUUGGAAAAGCCAUGGUUAUAAACUAUACCGUGACCCUUAAGGGUCUGGAGGACCAGCUGCUCAGCGUUAUCAUGGGCUUUGAGAAGAGGGAGCUGGAGGAGCAGCGUGAGCAUUUGAUCCAAGAGACAAGUGACAAUAAGAAGCUGCUGAAAAACCUUGGGGACUCCCUGCUCAGAGAGCUGGCUACAUCGUCAGGCAACAUGUUGGACAACACAGAGCUGGUCUACACACUGGAGAUAACAAAGUCAAAAGCCAGUGAGGUAUUUGAGAAACUAAAGUUGGCUGAGAAGACAUCAGUGGACAUUGAUAAACUCAGAGAUGGCUACCGACAUGCUGCCAAGCGCGGUGCUAUUCUGUUCUUUGUACUGACAGAAAUGGCUCUGGUUAACACCAUGUACCAGUACUCUCUAGCUUCCUACCUGGAGGUGUUUGACUUUUCACUGCGAAAAUCUCUGCCGGACUCUGUGCUGCCCCAGAGACUGAAGAACAUCAUGAACACCCUGACAUACAAUGUUUAUAAUUAUGGCUGCACAGGUCUGUUUGAGAGACACAAGCUGCUGUUUUCCUUUAACAUGACCAUCAAGAUUGAGCAGGCAGAAGGCAGGGUACCUCAGGAGGAGUUGGAGUUCUUUAUCAAGGGUAAUCUGUCUCUGGAAAAGAGCAAUCGCAAAAAGCCUUUGGACUGGCUUCCAGACCAGGGCUGGGAGGACAUAGUGAAACUUGCAGAGCUCUUUCCUGAGCAGUUUGGCUCCCUGCCUGAUGACAUGGAGAAAAAUUCUGCUUACUGGAAGUCUUGGUAUGACUUAGAUGCACCAGAACAGGCUUCAUUCCCUAUGAAAUAUGAGGAGAACCUGUCAGCCUUUCAGAAGCUGCUGCUGCUGCGCUGCUUCCGUGUUGAUAGAGUCUACAGAGCUGUCACUGACUACGUCACUGUCACUAUGGGCGAGAAAUAUGUGCAGCCUCCUGUGAUCAGCUUUGAUGCAAUUUAUGAACAGAGCACACCUAACUCCCCCAUUAUCUUCAUCCUGAGCCCUGGCUCUGACCCAGCUGGUGACCUCAUGAAACUAGCAGAGAGGUCAGGCUUUGGAGGCAACAAGUUCAAGUUCCUUGCUAUGGGCCAAGGCCAAGAAAAGGUUGCACUGCAGUUGCUGGAGAAGGCAGUGUCCCGUGGUCAGUGGUUGAUGCUACAGAACUGCCACCUGCUGGUGAAGUGGUUAAAAGACUUGGAGAAGUCCUUAGAGAGGAUCACCACGCCCCAUCCCAGCUUUCGCUUGUGGAUCACUACCAAUCCCAUUAAAGACUUCCCCAUUGGUAUACUGCAAAAGUCUCUAAAGGUGGUGACAGAGCCUCCCAAUGGCCUCAAGCUGAACAUGAGAGCCACUUACUCAAAAAUCUCCCAUGAGACCUUGACUGAAUGCCCACACCCUGCCCUCCGCAGCCUGGUUUAUGUGCUAGUCUUCUUCCAUGCUGUGGUGCAAGAGAGACGCAAGUAUGGCAAAAUUGGUUGGAAUGUUCCCUACGACUUCAAUGAGUCUGACUUCUUUGUGUGUAUGGAGAUUCUGAACACCUACCUGACCAAAGCUCAAAGCCAAGGGGACCCCAAUAUUCCUUGGGGAAGUCUUAAAUACCUUAUUGGGGAGGUGAUGUAUGGUGGACGAUGCAUAGAUAGCUUUGACCGCAGGAUCCUGACUGUCUACAUGGAUGAGUACUUUGGAGACUUUCUCUUUUACACCUUUCGCCGCUUCCACUUUUUUGCUAACAAGGAUGUAGAUUACAAGAUCCCUCCAAAUGGGCCCAAGAAAGUAUAUGUUGAUGAAAUUGAGAACCUUCCACUGGCCAACACUCCAGAGGUAAUGGGUCUUCAUUCCAAUGCAGAGAUAGGAUACUACACACAGGCAGCUAAAGACAUGUGGAUGCAUCUAAUAGACCUGCAGCCUCAGACAGGUGAAUCUGGUGGAAGCAUCAGUAGAGAUGAGUACAUCAGCCAGGUGGCCCAGGACAUUCAGAAUAAGCUGCCCAAGUUAUUCGACCUGGAUGUGAUCCGUAAAAAAUUUGGCACAGAUGUCUCCCCGACCUCGGUGGUGCUGCUUCAGGAACUGGAGCGUUUCAACAAACUGGUGGUCCGCAUGCAGCGAUCUCUGGCCGAGCUGCAGAGGGCCUUGGCUGGUGAGGUGGGCAUGAGCAGUGAGUUGGAUGAGGUUGCUCGGGCCCUUUUUAAUGGUCAGAUCCCUGCCAUUUGGAAGAAGUUGGCACCUGAUACUCUUAAGUCCCUGGGCAACUGGAUGAGUCAUUUCAAGAGGCGUUAUGAACAGUAUAGCUACUGGGUGGAUGAAGGAGAGCCAAAGGUUAUGUGGUUAUCGGGACUACAUAUUCCAGAGUCCUACCUGACAGCCCUGGUCCAAGCUGCAUGCAGGAAAAAUGGUUGGCCUCUGGAUCUUUCCACACUGUACACACAGGUGACCCAGUACCGCAGUGAAGAUGAAGUCAGUGACAGACCAGGACAGGGCUGCUUUGUCUCGGGCCUGUAUCUGGAGGGAGCAGACUGGGACAUGGAGAAGGGCUGCCUGGUGAAAAGUAAACCUAAAACUCUUGUUGUUGAACUGCCCAUUCUCAGAGUCAUUCCCACAGAGACACGCCGCCUCAGGUUACAGAAUACACUGCGGACGCCAGUGUACACCACGUCCUUGCGGAGGAAUGCAAUGGGUGUGGGGUUGGUGUUUGAGGCGGAUCUGUUUACCACAGAGCACCUCUCCCACUGGGUGCUACAGGGUGUCUGUUUAUGCCUCAACACUGACUAA